UUCCCGCUCAUCCCUCCCAGCCUCCCCUCCCUUUGCGCAGGUCCCUCCCUCGCCGCCGAGCGCUGUAUAAAUCCCUUUUUCUGGCACAGCCUCAUCGCGGCAGCGGAGAACCCUGUGGCUGUGGCGCCGGAGCGAGCCUAGAAGUGGCCGGCGGCUUCCCGAGAGCUUAACCCGAGCUGCACCUGGUCCCUCCGGCCAAGCGCCUCUCCCGCGCUCUCUCGCUCUUUCUCGCCUCGCUCCUUUUGUUUUGUUUUGUUUCGCUCUCGCUCUCCCGCCUUCCAGGAUGUCGGAGAAGCCCGCGGAGGAGGCUCCGGUGGAGCUGGGGGCCAAGGACCUGAAAGAAAAGAAGGAGAAGCACGAGGAGAAGCCUGCCCGCAAAGAAAAGAAGGAGAUAAUAGAGGACGAUGAGAAUGGAGCCGAGGAAGAGGACGAGGAGGAAGACGCAAAUCCUGAGGAUGUGGAUGACGACGAGGAUGAGGAGGAAGACGAUGAGAAUGAACAGGAGCCAGAUUCGCAUGCAGUGAAGCGAUCUGCAGAGAAGAAGCAGGAAGAGGACGAAGUGGACCCAAAGAGGAAGAAAACAGAAAACGGCUCUUCAGCUUGA